AUGGUUGGUGAUGAGGUGAUCCGGGGCGUUUCGGGAGGUGAGCGGAAGAGGGUUUCCAUUGCUGAAGUCAUGGCAACGCAGGCUGCAGUGCAGUGUUGGGACAACUCGACGAGAGGCUUGGAUGCCAGUAACGCGUUGGACUUUGUUCGUGUCCUACGAAAGAUGGCAGACGAAGAGCAAAAGUCAAUUGUUUCGACUCUGUAUCAGGCUGGCAAUGGCAUCUACGAUCUCUUCGACAAGGUUCUUGUUCUUGCCGAAGGCAGAGAAAUCUACUAUGGCCCCACAUCCGAGGCUAAGCAGUAUUUUGAGGACAUGGGCUUUGAGUGCACUCCAGGAGCCAAUAUUUCCGACUUCCUCACUUCGGUUUCAGUCCAUACCGAGCGCCAGAUCCGACCUGGUUUUGAGGAGAAGAUUCCAAACACUGCGGCUGAGUUUGAAACUGCGUAUAAGGCCAGUUCUACCUACGCCCGUAUGUCGACCGAGAUGGACGCGAAAUCGGCAAAGUCUCUUUCAGACGAGGUGGAUAAUCUGUUCGCUGUUCGGCAUCAGGAGAAGAACCGCUCGUUGCAGUUUCUUUCACGCGAAGGAAGCCCUUACCAAGUUUCCUUUGUCAGUCAAGUCCGCACUUGCAUUAGAAGACAAUUCCAGAUCAUGUGGGGUGAUCGAUGGUCCAACAUUCUACAGAUCUUUUCAGCUCUUGUCAUGGCCUUGGUGACUGGAAGCCUCUUCUACGACCUCCCUGACGACAGUACAUCCAUUUUCCUGAGGCCCGGCGCUCUUUUCUUUCCCAUCCAACUCUUUGCCAUGAACAAAAUGUCUGAGACGACGGCGUCUUUCAUGGGUCGGCGCAUCAUCUCCCGACACAAGCGCCUGUCCUUCAACCGACCUGGGGCAUACGCUCUGGCGUGUGCAGCAACCGAUGUGCCAAUGACGGUCGUGCUAUUCUCACUCUUCCAAGUAGUCUACUACUUCAUUGUCAACUUCCAGAGGGAAGCUAGCCACUUCUUCACCAACUGGUUCGUGCUCAUCUUAUGCACACUUUGUUUCGCGUCAAUGUUCCGGAUGAUCGGAGCGUGGUGUAAGCAUUUCGGACUUGCAUCGCAGAUUACGGGAUGGACGACGAUGGUUUGCAUGGUUUACGCUGGAUACCUUAUUCCCGUGCCUAGCAUGCCUGUCUGGUUCCGUUGGAUCUCAUGGCUCAACCCAGCGACAUAUACCUUCGAGGCCAUCAUGGCUACGGAAAUGGGCGACCUCGCACUUGAUUGUGUCGCCCCUCAGUACAUCCCGUUCGGGCCUAGCUACAACGACAAUCUGUUCCGUAGCUGCACCGUCCGUGGCUCCACACCCGGCUCUUCGCUCAUCGACGGCGAGAGGUACAUGAACGCUCAGUACUCGGUCUAUCGCGCACACAUCUGGCGUAAUGCCGGCAUUCUAAUCGGACUUUGGAUCUUCUUUGCAUUCAUGACGGCUGUUGGUUUCGAAGUCAAUCUUCACACCGACGCAGGCUCGAAGAUUUUGUUCGAUCGAAGGAGUCGCCAGAAGCAGAUGGUCCGGGCUGCCGACGAGGAGAAGGGGGGUAGCUCGCCAACUUCCCAGGAUGUGUCACCCAUGUCCCUUAGCAGGACUGUCUUUACGUUCAAGGAUAUCAGCUAUUUCGUUCGUCACGGCGGUCAAGAUCUGCAACUUCUUCGGGGUGUGUCAGGCUUUGUCAAGCCAGGCCAGCUUGUUGCGUUGAUGGGCAGCUCCGGUGCUGGCAAGACGACGCUCAUGGACGUCUUGGCGCAGAGAAAGGACAGUGGCCGCAUCGAGGGCAGCAUUAUGGUCAACGGCAAACCGCAAGGAAUUAGCUUCCAACGUACGACUGGAUAUUGCGAGCAGAACGAUGUCCACGAGCCAACCGCAACUGUCUGGGAGAGCCUUCUUUUCUCGGCAAGACUGCGUCAGAGUCAUACAAUCCCGGACGCGGAGAAGCAAGAUUAUGUUCGAAGCAUUAUGGACCUACUUGAACUCACGCCUUUGCAACAUGCUAUUGUUGGCACCCCUGGAUCAGGUCUGUCUAUCGAGCAACGAAAGCGCCUCACCCUCGCCACCGAACUCGUCGCCAAACCGUCUCUCCUUUUCCUUGACGAGCCUACAUCUGGCCUUGAUGGCCAGUCAGCUUACGAAAUCUGCCGCUUCAUGCGUAAGCUUGCUGCUUCAGGUCAGACGAUCAUCUGCACCAUCCACCAGCCCUCUGCAACCCUCUUCGAUGCUUUCGACGUGCUUCUUCUUCUCGCACGUGGAGGAAGAACGACGUACUUCGGGCCGACGGGCAAGAACUCUGCUACAGUGAUCGACUACUUUGGCCGCAAUGGAGCGCCCUGUCCCCCGGACUCUAACCCUGCCGAGCACAUUGUCGAUGUCGUCCAGGGUCGCUUCGGAACGGAGAUCGACUGGCCGCAAACAUGGUUGGAGUCUCUCGAGAGAGAAUCUGCAAUGUCCGAGCUGAAUUCCCUGAAUGCUGUAGAGAGCCAGGAGAAAGACCAAGUGUCUUCUUCGGCUGCUACUUCAGAUGACCUUGACCAGCACACCGGCUUCGCGACCCCGAUUUCCUAUCAAGUCUAUCUUGUUACCCUCCGUCAGCUGGUUGCUCUCUGGCGCAACCCAGACUACGUGUGGAAUAAGAUUGGACUGCAUAUCACUAACGGACUUUUUGGUGGCUUUACGUUCUACAUGCUCGGGUCCGGCACGUUCGAUCUGCAGCUCCGACUGAUGGCGGUGUUCAAUUUCGUCUUCGUCGCCCCAGGAUGCAUCAACCAGCUACAGCCGCUAUUCAUCCGCAACCGGGAUGUCUUCGAGACGCGCGAGAAGAAAUCCAAAACCUACCACUGGUUCGCAUUCGUAGCUGCGCAGCUGCUGUCAGAAACGCCCGUUCUGAUAAUCUGCGGAACCUUGGCGUUCGUGACCUGGUACUUCACUGUUGGAUUCCCCCCCGAGGCCAGUGUGUCGGGACAAAUCUACCUCCAGAUGAUCCGUGAGUUCGCCAUCGUCUACGAGUUCCUGUACACCUCUCUUGGCCAAGCCAUCGCUGCCUACAGCCCGAACGCUUUCUUCGCGGCGCUUGCGAACCCCAUCAUCAUUGGGGCGGCUUUAAUCAACUUUUGCGGCGUUGUGGUCCCGUAUUCACAGAUCACAGCAUUCUGGAGGUACUGGCUAUAUUGGUUGGACCCCUUCACUUACCUUAUCCAAGGUCUUCUUGAACCUGUGUCAUGGGGUGUUGAGGUACAAUGCAAGUCUGAUGAGCUGAGCUACAUCCCUCUCCCGAGCAACAGUACAUGUGGAGAGUAUAUGGCAGACUUCCUAUCUUCAGAGGCGGGAUAUGUGGUCGACCCGGCCAAUGGCACCUCGUGCGCGUACUGCCCGUACACGACCGGAGCAGAUUACAUGCGGACCAUGAACAUCAACGACUCAAGCUACAGCUGGCGCGGUGUUGGCAUCACAGCCCUUUUCUGUGUUUCGUCCUACGCCCUGGUGUUUCUCAUGAUGAAGCUCAGGACCAAAACAACCAAGACAGCGAAUUGA